AUGGCAGCAGGCCUUUUUUCUGGCAUUGGUGGAAACUCCGGUCGAGCUCCAGGACCUCCGGUUGCGCAAUGCCGCGCUGGCGGCGCUAGGGCGUGGCCUGCGCUGGGCGGAGGCUUUGGCGCUGCUACAGCCGCAGCCCGCGGCGAGCAGUGUCAACGCUGUACUUGGAGCAUGUGA